AUGUCCUUAGCAGAAGGUGCCUCUGACAUAGAACACAGACAGGACGACGAUAAGACUGAGCAAAAGGGCACGGAGAAGGGUCGCGGUUCGAUGUCAGAUCAAUACAUGUGGAAAGAGCAAAUCCACACCCUCAUGAAGGGUGACAGCGAGUCCGACAUAUCGGACUCCGAACACUUCCUCACCAAGGGCGCCUUCCUCCUGACCCCAUCCCACGGGCUUAGCAUGGAGAAAGCUUCCACCAUUUGCGAGAAAAUGGAGUUCAAAGGCUGCUUCUCACUCACUAAGACCGCCACUGGAAUCUUGUUCAAGUUCUCCAGCGUUGACGAUUACCAAAUGGUUUUCAAGAAGGGCUUCCACAAGGUCACGGGUUCGAGGUUUUACAGGAAGAUAGCGAUCCCCUGCCGGCCUCAGAAGACGUUCACCAUCUACGUAUAUGAUAUUCCUGAUGAAAUCCCAGAGGAAGACGUGAGACAUGCUCUCUAUAAGUUUACAUCUGUGGUUGAGGUGGUGCGCCUGCAUUAUUCAGGGUCGCCAAGGGAAGGAAACACUGAUGGUGAAUUGGUGAGCAGUAUGGUGCCGAAAGAGGCUUCCAGUGUCAUACGCAUCACCCUCGCAAAUAUAGAAGAGGCCAAUAUCCUGCUGCAGAACGGACUUGACUUCUACGGAGCUACUUAUUUCCCGACUGAACUGGGAACUCCGGCGCAGGCAGCUAAAUUGAUAAAGCCUAGCAGAGCGUAUACUUCCAGGGUGACCGGGGGCACAGUGUCUGCGCGCGUUCGCGACUUACUCCCAGUCUUCGACCAACAAGGCUUCGCCAAAUUUGCUCCGCCAGCUUCCAGACUCGUGAAGCCUAGGUCUAAAUGA